CGGGCGGCGAGGCCGCCGGGAAGGUACGAGGCGCAGCGCGCGGGCAGCAGCCCCUGAAUAGCCACACCGAAGGGUACAUUUCCUAUUGAAACAGCAAUUUUCCUUGAACCUUUUACCGAUACAUUUGUCAUUGGAGUUCACAGAUUCAUUUGUCAUUGGAGUUCACAUUGGAGUUCACAGAUUCUCGGGCCAGAAGCUACCACGUACUUCAGAAAAUGGCAGGGAAAAAAGUCCUGAUAGUCUAUGCACAUCAAGAGCCCAAAUCUUUUAACGGAUCUUUGAAGAGGGUUGCUGUGGAAGAACUGAGCAAGCAGGGCUGCAGUGUCACUGUGUCUGAUUUAUAUGCAAUGCAAUUCGAGCCAAGAGCAACAAGAACUGACAUUGCUGGUUGCUUGCACAACUCAGAAGAGUUCAAAUAUCAUGUGGAGACAUGGAAAGCUUACAAGAGAGGAGAUUUGUCCAAGGAUGUGAUCGAAGAGCAAAAGAAAGUGCAAGAAGCAGACUUACUGAUUUUUCAGUUUCCCUUGUACUGGUUCAGCAUGCCAGCAAUCAUGAAGGGCUGGAUGGACAGAGUCUUGGUCCAAGGAUUUGCUUACGAUUUUCCAGACUGCUAUGAUUCCGGUUUGCUCAAGAACAAAUUAGCCCUAUUUUCUUUCACUACUGGAGGAACUAAAGAGAAGUUUGCAAAAGAAGGUAUCAGCGGUGAUAUUCGGUAUAUCCUGUGGCCUAUGCAGCAUGGAAUCAUGCACUUUUGUGGUGUCAAAGUCCUUGCACCUCACAUCUGCUUUGCUCCGGAGUUUGUCUCUGAGGAGAAGAGGAAAGAGAUGCUGACUGCCUGGGCCCAGCGUCUGAAGACUCUUUGGAAGGAAGAACCCAUAAACUGUUCCCCUGAGUGGUAUUUCAAGUAAUGUUCAGGUAGAAGGCUACAAAGAGAAGAUUUCUUUUACUCCAUUCUUUAUCUCAAUGUCUGAAUGAAAAAUCUCUUAAUUUGAAUGUAUUGUAAGUCUCUUCAGUACUACAGCCAGCAGCUUAACCGGCAAUAUAGCAUUUAUCUUCAUUGAUUCCUGAGGGAUUCUUUACAAAGACAGGUGCAAAACUGUGAAGAAUUAUCGUUUAUGUAUGUCCUAUAAACAGUAACGUCCUACCUACGUGUGGUUGAUAACACAGCGGUAUUUAACUGCAGAUUAUACUGGUGCUGCUUAUGAAACAGUGAAGUACAUUGCCAAGUUAAUUUUAACAGUUUUUGUACCAGCUGACACUUUAUCUACCAGGGAAUUUGCUGCCCAUAUUCAACUUUGUUGUGGCCUAUCCUGUUCUUUUAAAUGAGAACUCUACACUUGUGCUAACUCUACACUUACACUAAGCCAUAUCAUGAAUAAUGCAAAAGGAUGUACAGUUGCAUGAUGGCUUAGCUGGAAAGCCUUGUGGACAGCCUUAGGCUUUUCCACAUAUUUACAAAGCAUUAUUAAAGCUAUGACAGAUACCAGAUAAGUUAAAAAACAAGUACAAAUAGCAGUAUGUGCAUGUAUUGCCCUUCUUUAUAGAAUGUGGAUAUCAUUUGUAAAGUAUUUAGUUUCCUAAAAUCAAAGGGAGUUCUCUAUUUUUGGUACUCUAACUAGAUACAAAAAGCAACUGCAUCUGUUCCCUACCCCUUCACACCAGUGAGUAGUGCUGUUUGCGUCUGGAGGGCUGAGUGCAUCCCCUCCGGCAUCAGUAUGGUGGGCUUCCUUGGAGACCUCCAGCACCAGCAACUGGUGAGGUAGAACACCUACCUGAAAUACUGAAGGAGCACUGUCUGUCUACAAGCCAGGAUCUAGUGGGACAAAAUUAUUGUCUGGCUCUUAAUAGCCUUGAUUUUUACCUUUAACUUUAGCAGGUUGAUUUUUAUACUUGAGAGCUGUUAAACUUUUUCAUGCGUAUGGCAAAAGGUGGGUUUCGCACUUAGCUACAGAGUUUUUUGCUUUGAUCAGCUUAGCUAACAGCUGGCUUUGCACUUUGAUAUUAAAAGAAUGUGAUCUGAAUAAGAAA